UUCGUCCGAUACGGAGCACGACCUCCUGGAAGAUCGCAACACAUCCUCCAGCCCAGUCUAACUCCAUUCAGUCCAAAGCCUUGUUUUUUUGUUUGUUCCACAACCUUCCUUCCAACACCCUUGUUCCGCCCUACUUCGUUCGGCCAACAUCAUCCUCGGUUUUUUUUCUUCUGUUUGCUGUCGGAUCCGUUAUCCCCCUGGUGCGUGCGUGUGAUAUUUGAUCUCCGUUUCCUGGUUGCACCGCUUUUCCGUGUGUUUUUUUUUUCUUUCCGACCUUACACCAGUAAAACGAGCAAGAUCCUAGCCUAGAUCAACAACAAACCAACAACAAACCUGGAACAAAACGAAAGUCAACCUGUCAAUUCAAAGCAAACACACCAAGUGGGUGGCCCAUGUCCACCGCACGGAAACAAUUAGUGUUCAAACAAUUUUGCAACCUCGCGUAGCCCAAUUUUUCGCUUCCCGGGAGCAGCCCCGGGGCCAGUAAUCGAACGAAUAAGUGUGUGGUGAGGCGGCCAACGUGCGACAAAGACACCACAUCCAACCACAUCCCGGCGGCCUAAGUCGAAAAUCAACAUCCAUUUUUCGCAGUGUGAUAAGAGUGAUCAAACAGGCGGUGCAGUAGGUACGGGUGUUUGCUGGAGUCGGUCGCUGUUGCCGAGCCGCGUGUGCCGUCGGACAAUGUCAAGGUGCCUAGCUGCGUAUUGUCAACAGCGCCAUCGUCAGACCAUCCACCGCCAGCGGUCGGUGGUCGUGCCGCAAUCGAAAGCUUUAAUAAACAGUGCAUUGUUACCGGUGGAGCACUAGGGAGUAGCGUGGCCAUAUUAUUCAAACGCCUCCAAUCACCCUAUAUAUGCCAAUAAUAUGCGAUAAGUUCGGUGAAUGCAUAGAAGCACAAGAAGCACAUUUGUAUUGUAUUUCGCGCAAACGACCGUACGAGCGUUCGCGUGUGAUCGUGUGAGACAACAAAUUAUUCGCUCAAAAUAUCGGUGUGAGUGUGUGCUUUUGCUGUUGUGAUAGCUCUAGUGCUUAAGGAACGCACAAAGCCAACAUGUACAACAUGUGGGCUCCGGAAUCGGAAAUCAACUCGAUUGCCUUUACCAACAUCCGUCAUUCGGUGUCUGCUUCGUCUGGCAUCUCGACGCUCUCGAGCUGCGGAGAUCCGGAGCGCCUGCCGGAGCUACCACCGGGAGAUGAACAGCGUCUUCAGCGUGCUGCCUUGAAUCUACAACAGAAACUAAUACUUCGCGAGUGGCUUAAGGAGCAUCGACUGCAGCAUCAUUAUUCCAGAUUGGUUGCCAUCGAGGUUACGGCACUGGAAGAUGUGUACUGGCUGGAAGAUUCCCGGGCCAGCCAGAUCCUGGGCAAGGAUUGGCCGAUCUGGUCGACCGCCCGCCAAAAACUGCCAACCUCCAAAGCCAACCUGGAAGCCUUAAAAGCCGACCUGUGGUCCACGGUUGUGAAGUCGAGCCAGCAUCAGGAUGCGUGGACGUGGGGCGGUAUGCUGGUGGUUUCGGUGUCGGUGGCCGGUCUCGUUACGCUCGCCGCCAUGACGCAGCCCUCGCUCGCACCGGAAGCACGCCACUCGCUGCUCCAGUACGUGACCGGGAAGUAUCUGCUGCCGGCGAACUGCAAGGUGCACUGGGACUGGACCGAUCCGGCCCGGGUCGGCGGUACGAUGUGCUUUACCGUGCGGUUCCACCAGCGCAACGGUCAGGCAUAUCCCAUCUGUGAUACGGAUCAGUUCUUCGUCGAGGUUACCGAGGGUACGCGCAAGAUCGUCACGAUCAGCGAGCUCGGUUCGCCGACCGAUCCGAACAAUGCCAACAUAGCGAAGGUUAAGUUUACGGUGCGCGCUGCCGGCCAGUACAAAAUUUCGGUCCUCAUCGGGUCCAGCCACAUUGCGGGCAGUCCGUUCCUGAAGACUUUUGCCCCGGGACCGAUGGAUGCACGGCGCUCGCGACUUAUCCGGCCGGCCAGUACGGUGGUGUGCUGUGCCGGUGCACCAACCUUCCUGCACAUUGAGCCGCGCGAUGAGCACGGCAAUACGUGCCAGUUUGAGGCGGACUGUGAUCCGAUCAAGGGGUACAGCAUCGACAUCUUCGAUCUCUACGGUAAUCAUAGUGAUAAGUUUGGCAGCGCGGUUACCUUCUCGUACGAUAAGGUAAACGCACGCAUUAGUCUGACCGCCCUGUUUCCCGAGCCGGUCUGUCUGCGGGCGGUGGUAAGCUACGAGGCGCACCCGAUACCGAACGGUGACUUUGACAUUAUUGUGCUGAGCAGCAGUGAUACGACGCUGGUGCACAAGAACAUUGCGUCGCGCAAGCACAACAUCUGCUACGAGGCCAAGCUGUUCAGCAUCUACGGCCAGCAACGGUGGACCAAACCGCGCAAAGUGCUUUGCUACGUGGGACCGAAGCAGGUCACGAUUAAGGAGAUGAUCCUGAAAAUCAUUCCCAAGCGUAUCGCAACGUUUCGUCUCUGUCCUUCCACUAAGUUCCAUUUUCUUCCACCAUCAACCAUUCAAAUGAACAACAGCCACGGUGCGAUCUUCAUCAUUGACGAUGGCUGCCAGCCCAAGAUCGAGCUGGCAUCGAAGGAGCGUAACGUCAUCGCGGCCACCUUCACACACUUUCUGCUGAAGAACAUCGGCGGCUCGGAAACGUUCAAAGACAAGCAAGACUUCUUCUACCACGAAGUGCGACUUGUACGCAAGUUCCAUUCCAACUACUACCACGAGAAGCUAUCGCUGAAGGUGCAGCGGGACAAAAUCCUCGAGUCGAGCAUGAAGGCGACCAAGAACUUUUCCGUAUCGGAUUGGUGUGGCAAUUUUGAAGUUACAUUCCAAGGAGAGCAAGGAAUCGAUUGGGGUGGCUUAAGACGCGAAUGGUUCGAGCUGGUAUGCAGUGCCCUAUUUGACCCCCGUGGUGGUCUUUUCUGUACAUUCCACGACAAACGCCAGGCACUGGUCCACCCGAACCCGAACCGUCCACCUCACCUGAAGCUCAAGCACUUUGAGUUUGCGGGCAAGGUCGUCGGCAAGUGUCUGUACGAGUCGGCGCUCGGUGGAACCUACCGGCAGCUGGUACGGGCACGCUUUUCACGCUCCUUUCUGGCCCAGCUGAUUGGGCUUCGCGUACACUACAAGUACUUCGAGCAGGACGAUCCCGAUCUGUAUCUGUCCAAGAUCAAGUACAUUCUCGAGACGGAUCUGGACACGAGCGAGAAUUUGGAGCUGUACUUCGUGGAGGAGAUGUACGACCAAAGCGGCCAGCUGCAGAAGACGGUCGAGCUCAUCCCGAACGGGGCGAAGGUGAGGGUGACGAACGCCACCAAGAACCAGUACCUGGACGCGUUGGCUCAGCAGCGGCUGUGCAACAAUGUGCGUGAGGAGAUCGAUAGCUUCCUGAAGGGAUUGAACGGGAUCAUUCCGGAUAAUUUGUUGAGCAUUUUUGAUGAGAACGAGCUGGAGUUACUUCUUUGUGGUACGGGCGAGUACUCUAUCGCCGACUUCCGGGCGAAUCACAUCGUAAACGGAGGUUCGGCCGAGUUCCGCCGUGUUCUUGGUUGGUUUUGGGCCGCUGUCGGUAACUUUUCCCAAACCGAGAUGGCUCGUCUGCUUCAGUUUACUACCGGUUGUUCGCAGUUACCUCCGGGAGGCUUUCAGGAGUUGAAUCCCAGGUUUCAAAUAACUGCAGCUCCCACAUUUGGUAAUCUUCCUACAGCUCACACUUGUUUCAACCAACUUUGCUUGCCGGACUACGAAAGCUACGAGCACUUUGAGAAAGCCCUUAUGUUCGCCAUCAGCGAGGGAACGGAAGGAUUUGGCAUGGUUUAAAACCAUUCCUGCUGUGAUGCUGGUACACCCGGACACACACACACUAAAUGGCACCGUUCUGUACACUUCUUUUACUCUUUGGUGCCAAAUGGGUUUGGUUGUAUUUGUCUCUACUUCCUACUACUAUUACUACUACUACUACUACUACUACUACUACAUUCCUUUCUGUGUCGCUCGAUUCGGUAAAACAUCUUCAGGAUCUGAUCAAGAGACGCAAGAUCCCUGCACAAUCCCCAUACCAAACCUUUCUCUGUGCCAAACUCCUGUCUACUCUAGUUGCAUUUACGCGGUUCAGCGAUCAGCCAUCCAGCGCUUGGAUGGCCCAUUGCCCUUUACCCGUGGGAGGGAGCAAGUUUGGGUUGUUUGGAAGUGAUGUUUGAACGAGAGUAAGGGUUAGAGUAAAAACACACAAGCUUAGACACCAAUUCAACCCGCGUUUCAGUAGCGUUUGUUUGUAACGAUUCUAGAGCAUAUUGACAGACAGCUACACACCUUGCUAGCGGUGUGCGCUUCCUUUAGGGCCAAUGUUUGCAGUACCAGUACGUGUCCGUUCGAUGCUUACGCUGUGCUUAGCCGUUGCGUUGAGAGCAAUAUUUAGCCCGAAAGCGUGUAGCGCAUAGUGUGGCAUUCAUUUCUCCAUGAACCUCAUUCAUUCCAUAUCUUUAGGCUGGUGGCAGAGCAGAAGGAACAAUGGUCGAAGCUCCAGCGAGUUUUGGAGAUAAAAUAAUAAGAUUAAUAUUCAACUAAUUUGAACUGCCCGCCCCAAAACAACAGUCCAAACACGUUUGAUCCCUUCGGUAACUGGAACUGGAAUACAAGCAAAUAGAUGCUGAUUCUGUGAUACUUAAGAAAAAAAGCUAACUCAACGCCAACGCCGUGUACCAACCUACUUCUAGUACCAACCAAACACCCAAAAUUCUAAUAUUUAGAAAUUUACCGACACUCCAACACUUUGCGAUGAGAAAUUUGGAUUUUUGGAGGAGUUCUUGACAAGCGAUGGAUCAUUUGACACAAAGGGGAAAGGUCUAAUUUCCCACGGAUUGUACUUCGAUUCCAGUUCCAGACAGUAAGAGAGCGAUAUCAAAACACAUGUUUAGCAUACAUUUAUCAAAUACUCGUUUGACAACCAAUACAAGCGCCCUCGCUGGCGACCAGGAUGGGCGGUACAGAUGUGACGGAUAGUGUGAAAACCCACAUACCAAAAGCUUUUAAUUCGAGUUCAAAAUUUAGAUGUUAAAUAUCCUAACCUAACCUGUAAACGAUGCCCAAUAACAUAUGAUAUAAACAAGCAACACUCGUAGGGCCUAACACACACGGAGUAGUGUAAUUGAUGCAGUCGACGGUCGGCUCGAUUCGAUGGGAACAUGUUUUCGACAGAACUUUUCGUUACCAGCAUUGGAAGCAGCGGACGGGAGGAAGUUAAUAUGAAACUUUUACACAAAUCAUCAUCGUAUAAAAGCGCCACCAAAAUUAACACUCGGAUAACCAUUGCCCAAAAUGGUGUGUCACACGUGAUCGGAAGUGAGAUUUUCAAAUGUCGUUUAUUUGUAAACCAGAACACCACUAAGCAAGCAGCAUACAUGCAAGCAGCUAGCCGUAAAAAGAUAUGUAAACACACACACUUAGAUACACACACACACACAAACAAUUUGCCACCGGUGCGCUUAGCCAUUUGCUGCGACUAUACGGAGGAGGAGAGAAGGGUUGGAAGGAUAUGGAAGUGGGGAGGGGGAUGCAAUUUUUUGUCCAGCGAAUGCGAUGUGAGGAAUUGAUGUGUUUUUUUCCCCCCCGCGUGACCACCGUGUGCCAUCCGCGGAAAGCAAUAAAAUGUCGACGUUUUCUGUUUUCCCGUGCUGUGUGUGCGCGCUAAUUGGUGCGCACGUGAUAGAAGCGGUGGAGCCGGGAAAAAGGGUACGGAAGGAGAUGAGAUUGAGGGGGAGGGAAAUUGAUAAACCAAACCAGUAAUACAGUUUGUUAGAUGAGCGCAAUCUCUUAGGCGUCACUCUCUGCGACGGACUAAAUGUGUUAAGCGUUGUAGACUGUUUCGCAUGGAGUGAAAGUGAAAUAAAUAUUAGUGCAUAAUCGAACGGAUUAGGAACCAAGA